UUCAUGUGGGGUAUCAUUACAGCGAGCAAACUGCAGGAUGGCGACAGCUGGCACUCCUGAGGACGAACACCCCCAUGAUUACGGUUAUUUGUCGCCCAGAGGCAGCGAUUCAGAUGAAGACGAUGAUUCUCAGGUGACUGCGAAGGAGCCCUGCAGGUAUUACAAUAAGGGCCACUGUCGGGACGGUGACACGUGCAGACACCCGCACGUCUGUAAGUUUGCCCUGAGUGGAAACUGUAGAUACGGGUCCGGGUGUAAGCUUAAACAUCCCAGAGGAGGAGGUAGGUCGAGUGGGGGCGCCAAAGAGCGAUUUACAUCGAGAGCUUCUGAGGACGAAGACCCCCCCGAGGCUGGUUAUUUGUCGCCCAGAGGCAGAAAUUCAGAUGGAGAUGAUGAUUCUCAGGUGACUGCGAAGGAGCCCUGCAGGUAUUACAAUAAGGGCCACUGUCGGGACGGUGACACGUGCACGCACCCGCACGUUUGCAAGUUUGCCCUGAGUGGAAACUGUCGAUACGGGUCCGGGUGUAAGCUGAAACACCCCAGAGGAGGAAGGAGGUCGAGUCAGGCCGGCGGGGAAGAUGAUCCAAAGAUUUCUGGUGGCCGACUCUACAAGUGGCAGUUGAAUGAUGGAACCGGCUGGAUGGAUUUUAGUAAUGAUCAUGUGAUUGAGGCCCAGUAUUGCCUGCCCCACACCAAAAGUAUUAAACUCUACAACACAACGCAUGGGGUCGUGAACAUUAAUUUUAAUUUGAUGACAGUGUCUGGGAAGAGCCUGAGAGUGAGACGUCUGGAUGAUGGAAACACAGAGUGGGUCUGGUUCUGCACUUUGUAUAGUAAGUGGAUCAAGUACGGAGACAAGGAUCCAGACGGAAAACCCACUCCCGCGAACAGCUCCGACAUAGAACAGAAGUUCCAGAGUAACCCAAAAAGCUCUUUCACUUUCAACAUCGGCGCUAAAACCUAUGAAAUAAAAUUCGUAGAAAUGCAACAGGUGAGUAAGGACAGAAAGAGGAGAGUCACUCGACGUCCACUUUACCGACAGCGCCGAGCAGGGGCAGGAGUUCCUCGAGGCCACUCAGUUUCCCAGAAUACUGCUGUGGGCACCAAACCUCAGUGGCAGUUCGAGGGGGACAAUCGAGUCUGGCACAAUUUCAAAAACACGCGCGGCACGAAUGAAACCAGCGAUGACAUUGAGCGGAAGUUCCAGGACGACCCCAACAAGAUCAUGGACUUCCAAGCCAACGGAAACACGUACAAUCUAGACUUUGGAGCGAUGAUCCAAACCAACCUCAAGACCAUGUUCACACGCAGGAUCAGACGUAGGCUGGUGUGAGCGUCGAGGACGAGUUUGACCUCCAGAGGACAGUCCGGAAGAAAGUUUCAUUAAUGUGGGGAAUACUUUUGUCAAUUUGUCAAUGGCUUUCAAUAGAAUAUGAUCUGGAGUAUAUAGGUCGUAUAAUGGUUAUAAUGGUUGACUUAAUAUUGGGUUUAUAUCAGAAAGAAAUUCAGGAUCACAUAGAAUUUUUCUGAAGAAUGUUGAGUAUACCAAAAACUUUUCCAAAGAAAAUUGUGCCAAAUUAUUUUUUCCACCUUUAAGGUGCCAAACAAACUUGCACUCCAAUGAUGUACUGCCAACUUGCCUUAACUUACAAAUUAACUAACUUGUCACGAUAUAUUUACUUGAUUUCAUUCACACUGCUACAUUAUUACCAGCACACUGCAAUAACAAAGGAAUGCAAGUAUUGUAUGUUGAUAAAAAAGGACACGAUGUUGUCAUAACUCCACUGUGUAUUGUCCUAUCACCACCAAACUUCUGUCUCAUGAUCAGAGUCCAAGCCUGAACAGCUCUAUGUGUCAAUAUUUUCUCAGUCAUUAUAUAUAUUUUUCAGGCAAAACGCUUGCAACGCUUCAAAAUGCAUGUGCUUGGGCCAACCCAGUGCUGCUUUGCAGUCCUAGAAAUUUCAGAAAUUGUAUUCAAGUAUAGUAAUCUAUUAUUUGCUUUACCGGUGCAAUGGCCGUUGUAGAUGGGUUGUUUGCUUGGACUGUGGUAAUGCUGGUUAUAAUCGAAAUCCAUAUGACAGAUACGUUUGCUUUGAUCUAUCAUUUAUUUAGAUUCUCAUCAUCUUUCAGACAUUGAAUAUUAACUCUUUGUCUUAUUUAAUAUAUUUUUGAAAACCCAAUAAAUACACUGGGGGAAAA